AUGAAUCCGUAUAAGGAUAUAGAAGAAAGUUCUUUCGCAGCAUCGCCUCACUUAGCUUAUGAGGACAUUGCUACGAAACUGCUUAAAGACCACUACUUCCUGACAGCCUUGGAGCUUCAUACAGAGCUGGUGGAGAGCGGCAAGGAAUUACCGCAACUCAGGGAAUUCUUCUCAAACCCAGGCAACUUUGAACAACAUGUUUCUAGGGCAUCCGACUUUUCUUCAAUGCUGCUGGAGUUUGAGCUGAGAAAAGCUAGAGAGACCAUCAAUGCUCUUAGAGCUAAUCUAACUCAAUUUGCUGAUGGUGAAUCUACACUAGAUAAAAGUUCCAAAGAUAUAUCUGACCAGCGAUCCUUGAAGCCACAUGAAAAGAGAGCUUUAAACUUCCUAAUAAAUGAAUAUCUUCUAUUACAAGAUUACAAACUCACUUCCAUUACAUUUUCUGAUGAGAAUCCUGAACAGGAAUUUGAAGACUGGGAUGAUGUGGGUCUCAACAUGCCUCGUCCCGCGGGUCUGGUGUCAUUAUUUCGAGGGAACACCACCAGUAUCAGCGCGCCCAAAGUAGAUGCGUCUACGGAAACUAGCUGGGUGUGUGUGGAGAUGGCUUGUCAAACUGAACUGGAUGAAUCUAGUGUUUGUGUGAGCUGCCAGACUCCACUGGACCAUGAGACUGAUUGGAGUCAUGAGCUCCUAAUCCAAGCUGAAGAGAUAGAAUUACUGAAACAAAAAAUAAUAGCUUUAGAGACUGAAAAAUUGAACUUCCAAAAACUAUAUGAUGCUGCCAUUGUUAGUUUGAAUUCACUCACGAGCCCGACUUCUGAGGGCAAAGGCAUCGAUCUUAAUAUACCAGAGGACAAAUUAUUAUCUGUGCAAAGGGUGGACCAGGGUUUAGAUGCCAAACCCCUAACUUGCACAGCUUCGGAGAAUCACUACGGAAGCAGUAACUCCACUCACAGCGCGACGCCAGAACAAUUUGAGAUGAUUGAUAGUGAAAAAAAUAGUGCAAUUACAAGAAAAGGAUCAAACAUAAGUUCAUUCGACACUGGUGCGGUCGGCGACAAUAGUACCAGGGACUCGCCACUCCGCCGCGGCAGUGUGACAACCCUGGAUGAAACGCUGAGCAUCAAUGACGCAGGAGAAUGGACCAGAGUGCAUUAUGAGUACAAUAGCAUAGAGACUAAUAGCAAGGAGUUGUGGAUUGAUAGUGGUAUACCAAAUGGUCUGAAAGUAUCGAUACUAAACUGGUGCUGUGAAACGUUGAAUCUGAACGAGCCUCUAGCGAACGACUUGCUAGCUGAACUAGUGACCAGUGAGAAACCUAUCACUCUGCCGGGUCUACUUACAUUGGUCGCUGAUACACUGCCUCGGGUGAUCCCCCACACGCUGGUGGGUCGUCGCGGCGAGGCGGCGGCGCUGCUGGCGGCCGUGGCGGCGCUGCUGCCGCCCGGGGACGCGCGCAGGUCGCGGGCCCUGCAUGCACUGCUCACGCUCGUCAAGAAACCCGACCGCGCUGAUACACAUACUAUUUGUGAAGCAACCUGUCUAAUAGUAAAAUGGGGAGGCAGCGGCGAGGUACUAUCAUCAAUAGCAGAACUACUAGCCUCGAGGUCGAUAGAGAGACGUAUACUAGCCAGUCAGGUCUGCAUGGCUAUAGCUCCGUACGUUCCAAUUGAACUCUGCACAUCUUUACUUCUAAGCCUCGUAGUACUUAUGUGUGAGUCCAAUGAGCUUGAGAUAAGGACCCUAGGCCUCAAGUCAGCCUGCCUCAUCUGUCCCGUAGCGGAACAUAAGUACAAUCAACUUGAGAGUUUGAUGUUCAAUUUCCUGAAGGAUCCGGUCGAGAAGUGUGUGAAGGAUACUGUUAAUAUAUUCGUGCCUGUUCUCGCUAGGAGUGCUUUGAUGGCUGGUAAAUUCUCAACGGACUUAUGCAGCCGUAUCAUAUCGAAUUUAACGAAAGCGAGCAGUGAUAACGAGUGGAAAUCGGUUCUACUAUACCUAGACGUGUUGAGAGUGAUAGUUUUAGCGAAACUGGCCUAUGUAGUCAAUGUACAAAUAGUGAGGGAUGUUACCCUAAGCAACUGUGAUAUACAAAGUGUGAACUUACAAGAGGUGUCUCUAGAACAAGAGUAUUUUAUGGACCUGCAGUGCUAUUUCUCGGAAACUGAGGACGCUAAGUUACUCUUGGUGGCAGCUAAUAAUUUAAUCAAAGAGAAACCUGAUGUUAGAUGGCCGGAGUUAAAUUGGUUUGUUAGCAUAUUAAAACAAAUACUAGACGUGGUAUCAAACACAAAAGUUUUGAACCACACAUCGAUAUACGAACUACUUAUAUCGUUAAUCAGUAGUUACGUGGACAAUUUCGGCGUACCAUUCACUCAGUAUAUAUUAAGGCCUAUAUUCAACGAUGUUAUAUCAGAAUUGGAACAUAAGAUGGAGAAGCUACACCCUGUGAAUGUGGACAGUACUGUCGCGGUCGGUGUGUACUUGGUCGCUAUAUUACCCGUGCUCGAUGAUAGUGUACAGCAUGCCGAGUUUUUGCAGAAAUGGGUUAUGUACAGCAGUAUACGCGGUCUGCCAGUGAAAAUAUUCUCCGUACCUUUAAAAUGGGUGGCGGAGCAUAAAGAGGAAUCACUGGACUUUUAUCUGCAGCAUCUUAGAGAAUUCGCGGCCAGCAGUUGCGAGAGUUCUAGCGGUAGUACGAUCCGCACGUACAUCGCGAGCCUCAUCACGGAACUACUCAACGCCACGGAGCUAGCUGAGAGGUGUCUCGAGAGACAACUACUGCCUGCCGUCAUGGCACUGUUGCAUGAUGAAGAUGUGUCCGUCCGCGAAGAAGCGAUCUCAGCGUGGGGCAGCGUGACGCGGACGUGUUUGAUCCGCGGGCUGUCGUGCGAGGCGGCGUGCUGGGCGCCCGUCGAGGACAUGUUGGCCGCGCAACAACCACUCACCGCCAAGGAGGCCGCGCGGACCGCCGAGGCACUGGCACUGCUUGUACUGCCUACUGUCGAUAACCAUGCUGUUUCUGAAAAAGCGGUGUCCCUGCUAUGCGCGCUAUGCGUGUCCCGGUGUGCGCGGGAGGUGGUGGCGGCGCUGACGCCCGGCCUGCAGCUGGCAGUACACCACUGCGGACAUCAUCCCGCGCUACUGCCCGCACUCAGAAAACUAGAAGAAAAUGUACAAACACCAGCGUUAUCUCAGUACAAAGCUGCAAUAGAAGCCUUAAUACACAACUUGACUGGCACUGGAACCACCGGGGACAUGAUGAGGGAGCCCCCGCCGCGGCCCAACACCAACCUGCAGGCAGCCCAGGAGGUCGGCAGGAGAGUCACGCAGAUAUUCCAACAAUCCAAAUCAAAUAUGAACCUACAGAACAUAUUUAAGAAGAAAACUUAACGGUAAUUGCUUUAAUGGUAUAAAUUAUAGGAUUGCAAUGUCAGGAAAUAUUGUUGGUAUGAUGUUUUGUUUCAUUUUUGUUGUAAUGUAAGAAAGAGAUGACGCUAUAACAAGGUUAUAGUUACUCUUUCUAUUACGUAUUCGAACAAAAAUGAUAAUAUAACGUCAUAAGUCAGUUUUCUUCGUUAAGAUAAUGUUCAAAACAAAUUAGGAAAGGGUUAAUCUUUUCAGAUAUUUUCGAAAAAUACUUCUAAAUGUUAUUUCAAAAGUCAGCUAAGUGCCUAGAGUAGUUAUUUGAACGGAUCAUCGCGCUCAGUAUAAUAAGAAUUUUAUCAAAUAUCCGCAUCUGUGCAGUGAUUUCGAUGACGUCUAAAAAUAUUGAUCAAUACGCGUUUGAACUCAUAUAACUAAUAAUCUGAUAAAAAAUAUGCUGAUGCAUGCAAGUUUGGUCAAAUAAUGUGUCAAAAAAUACAAAUAUUUACUUAUAUGUAUAAUAACUUCGUUAAAUCUAUUUCGUUUGGUGAUCCAGUAAAUUAAAAAAAGAAAAGUAAAAAGAAUUCGAUAAAUUAAUCUGAAUAUAGUAAUUAUUUUGAAGGAGAUCGACUUAAUUUCUUAGGGCAAUAAACCGCAGUUUAUUUCUUGCGUAACAAUUUGUAAUUUAAUAUUUAAAAACAUUUUUUUUAUCUAAAGUUUUCUUACACAAUUAUUUUUCAAGCAAGUCAUGCUUACUUGUCAAGAAUUCUUUAUUUUAAAUUCGUUAUCAAAAAUUGACUGGGGGUAAAGUUACAAAGAUGUGUUUGAAUAAACGAAAAAUAGUUUAUGUAAAACCCUCCAUGAUAUUUAAUAUUAAAUCAUUUUAAAAUUGAUAAGGAGACAUAAAAUUAAUGGGAAUAAGAAACCCUCUUGCACAAUAACGUGUAAACACUCCAUAAUAAUAUUUUUAUCAAAAUUUUAAUAAAGAUUCUUCUUGCAAGUUAUACUUUAAAUAUGUAUUGG